AUGUCAUCUCUUGAAAAAGGAUUAUUCAAGAACAAGAAUGCAUUACCACCACGUCUUCCGCGUGAAGAUGACUAUGAAGAAGUAAUAGAAGAGGAAGAUACUUUUGAAACUAAUUCGAUUGCAAAAAAAGUUUACGAAGCACCUGCUACCAAAGAUAACACUGGCCCGAUAUUUGUGCUACACCAUGGUGCAGGCUACUCGGGACUUUCGUUCGCACUUUGCGCGUCAAAUAUUAGACGGGAAAUGGGAGGCACCGCAUCGAUCUUAGCUUAUGAUUGUCGAUUUACACGUACUUCAGAUGACACUAAUCUUUCAUUAGAUCGAUUAGCUGAAGAUCUGGUGAAUGUGUUGAAUUUGGUGUAUAGUAAAGAGGAGUUGAAGAAGCAUGACAUUUUCUUGAUUGGUCAUAGCAUGGGCGGAUGUGUAGUUGCGCAUGCUGCAUCAAAACAUCUAUUACCAUCUGUGACUUGUGUUGCUGUCUUAGAUGUAGUUGAGGGAUCAGCUAUGGAAGCGCUAUCAGGAAUGCAUGAUUACUUAAGAAAACGGCCAAACGAAUUUCAAUCCGUAGAACAUGCUAUAGAGUGGAAUGUAAAAUCCGGCACCAUUCAUAAUUUAGCUUCUGCCAGGAUAUCUGUCCCGUCAUUGGUUAUUGAAGAGAUAGAUCAGAGUGGCGGAAAGAAAUAUGUGUGGCGGACAAAGCUUGAGGCUACACAACAAUAUUGGGAAGAAUGGUUUAAGGGAAUGUCGGAUAAAUUCUUAUCUGCGAAUGCAGCAAAGUUACUUAUAUUGGCUGGCACUGAUCGGCUAGACAAAACUCUGACCAUAGCCCAAAUGCAAGGAAAAUAUCAACUUCACGUAAUGCCCGAAGUAGGUCAUAUGGUACAAGAGGAUGCACCCGAUAGGACCGCCACAGUGUUAGUUGAUUUCUUCAAGAGAAAUGAGAGGCUUAUAUUGCCAGUGAAAAAAAUGACUUUAUGA